AUGGAUAUUAAGAAUUGCGAAGAUAUUAGUACGCAGCUUUGUAGAAGAGGUUAUUAUUCAGAUAUUAUUAAAGGGACCAAAAUUGUUGAUUUUCUACCUACUGCUUCGAGAAAAAGCAAACUUAUGUGUCAAAUUCGCACGGAACAUCAUAUUCCGAUUGUGAAAGAUAUUGAAAUACAAGAAAUGCAUACUUACCUCGGUGCAGCCGAACGAUGGAUAACUUUCCCUGAAGAUAAGUCUAUCGCUUUUCCAGCGGAGACAUUUCUACCAAAAGUGCAAAUGGAAUAUAUCGUUGGACCAAAGACGCUACCGCGCAACAUUGAGAUGGAAAGAAGACGGAGGGCGUAUAAGAAUCUGAAAAUAGAAGACGCUUUAGAAGCGGAAGGUGUCAAAUCGCAUGACAUGUUACCGCCUGAGAAAAUCCGUGCCUUGCUUUCGUACGAUGAAAAAUACGAUUUGUACUCCAAGGCAAAUUAUUUACCAUUGGAACUGUUUGACGACGAGGAAUAUGAUUGUAGAACGGCAGAGGAAUGGAUAAAUCUUGGCAUCAUCGAUGGUAUUCGUUACCCGUUACCAGCUUUAGUAUUUGUCGAGAAAAUUCUACACAAAGAAAGAAUAUUUGAUCGUGAUGACAAAACGCUCAGUAACUUGUUUGGUUGGUUUAAUGCCGCCGUUACGAAUUAUGAUAACAAGCGGAAACUCUGGUCUGUUCUCACUUUGGAUACUUUCAAGCGGAAAUUUCUCUUACCCAGAAUAUACAUCCGAUUUUAUGGAGAGGACCCCAGGAAGUUUGCCCAAAGAAUAGCUAAUGCCGUCAAACAAAGACAAAUUACUGAAUCCAGAAUUAGAUAUCAGUUUUAUUUGGAUUGCAUGCCAGUAGACAGUAUGCCAACACUCGAUAAGAAUCAACAAGAAGCUAUAGUUUUCUCAGCCACACUACAAGGUUCCUUGAAAUGCGAAUCUGAAUGCAUUCCCAGCUUAAUAGACGAAAUUGUUUUGGAGUAUCGCCGCGUUAUGUGCGACCUUAUGUGGAGAUCUCUCAUGGAGAAACAUCCGGAAACAUUUAAUUUCAUUACGUGGACAGAAAUGAAUCAUAUCUGCGAAUUUGGCACACUGAAAUCGAGAAAGAUUUGCACCGAAAUGAAAGAUUUUACGAAAACGCAAAAUUUUUUCCAUUGGAUAGUAUUAUACGUUGUGCCGGAAGUACACGUAGCCAUGCAGGGCGUAGUCGCCGAAUGUAUUCAUGUGUCAAAUAUGAAUUUAUUCUUCUUGAUUUAUGGAAAAUCAAUAUAUCUGUCGGAAUUCGAAUCGCAACAGAAUCAAGAAAGUAGCACGGUGAUAAAGUUUCUGAAAGAAACGUGGGUGGAAAAUAUUACGAAAUCGAUUAGAUUGUGUUUAAGGGACAUUGGAAAAGGAUCGUUUGAUCUUGAACAACGAAGUCAUGAUGUGUAUAAUGUGGUGAAAUUGAAAAGAUUCAUGGAUCUUAUUAUAUGUAUAAUGCAGAAUGCGCUUCGGAAUUUAGUGGAGAAAUCAAUUGCUCUGUAUUUAGAAAUGCUGGAAACUCCAGCACUUUGUACCUUAAAUAUAGAAGAAAAUUUUACAUGGGGAGACGAUCUCGUAAACACGCCAUUUAAAUCUCCAGUGAACCCUAUUUUCAAUAUUGAUAUCGGAAUGAAUGAUGAAACUGCUUAUUAUUUAACGAAUCUCGAAUCAUUUGAGGAAAUUAUCGUAGAUCUGUUAAACAAUUCCUUGAGUCAAUGUCAUCAAAUUAAACAAGUUCACCCUUUCUUGCUGCCCUUUCUAAAGUUUCCUAAAGAUUUAUAUCUCAGCUCAGUGGGCUUACUGGAAAAGGAAGUUUGCAAAGUUCGCGAUCGUUUGAGAACCGCUUAUCAGAAGUCCGUAAUACCCCUAAUAGCAUACUCAAACGAGUACCAGCAGUAUUUAGAAUUUUAUAAAUUGAACAUUGAAAAAUACGUGGAGGACUUCAAGAAUGCGGAUCAUACCGCUGCGGAAGUCAAAGAUGAAAUAUCCUUUCACUUUAAGAUGAAAUCGGUUCUUGAACUGAAGCUGCCGAAAGAUAUCGUCAUAGGUGCCUUCUGCGUGAAUGUCCGACCUCUCAGACAAUUCUUGAUACAAAAACGACAAAAUUGUUGCACGCAGUUGCUCAUAAUGUUCACUGAGAGCCUAAGAGAGCGGCUCGACGUCGUUUUAUCUGAUUACAUGGAAAUUAGAGCAAGGCUGAAAGCAAAGCCGCUCAAUAUCGAGCAAUUAUUUGAGGAGCAAGAGUGGAUGGAAACCAUACCGCUAACGGUGAAAGGUUUGGAUAAAAUCAUACAGAAGCUGAAGUAUGAAUACGAUAUUCUCGAUCACUUUUGGUGGAAUCUGUCAGAUCAAGACUUCGAAGCCAAAUGGCAAGCCAUCGGUUUUCCUCAGCAAAUACAGUUACAUAUACAAGAGACUAAGGAAUGUUUUGCGAUUGAGUACGACAAAUUCUACAAGGCUCAGGUACAGGAUGAAAUCUUGCUUACGGAGAGAAUCAACACACUCGUGGGAAACGUUACAAACGUAGCGCUGCAAACGGAUAUCAACAGAAUACACGAAAUGGCCAUAGAGGUGAAGAGAAUUUGGAAAAUGAUAAAGGAGUGCCAAGAUACGAGUUUAUUGUUGAACGAGAGACAAAACUUAUUCGGGAUGAACGUGGUGCGGUUUGAGCAAUUGGACCUAUUGAUAAAGGAAUUCGAGCCGUAUCAGAUUUUAUGGAUUACCGCAUCCGAUUGGUUAAAGUGGCAAGAAAUAUGGAUGGAUAAUCCUUUGAUAACCGUCGAUCCUACUCAAAUUGAAAGCAUGGUUAUUGACAUGCACAAAGCUAUGUCGCGUUGCGUGAAAAUAUUCCAAGAGAAUCCAAAGAUAGCCGCUAUAGCGCUCACUAUAAGAGAUCAAAUUGAAGUAUUUAAGCCUUACAUCGGCAUGAUACAGGCUCUGCGAAAUCCAGGAAUGAAGGCGCGACAUUUUGAGGAACUUACUAAGGAAACCGGCAUACAAAUGGAACUUACGCCAACUUUAACUUUUAAGAGCUUAGUCUUAAGCGAUGUGAUGAAAUACGAAGAUACUGUGAAAGCCGUUGCAGAAACUGCAGCGAAGGAAUAUUUGAUAGAAGGUGCUCUCGAUAAAAUGAUGACCGAAUGGGAAACAAUUAUGAUGGAGAUUCUUCCGUAUAAAAAGACUGAUACAUAUAUAAUGAAGAUUUCCGACGAAAUCGCUAUUCUCUUGGACGACGAUAUAAUUAACACUCAGCAUCUAAGUCUCAGUCCUUUCAAAGCUGCCUUUGAGAAUCGAAUCGAUGAGUGGGAAGCUAAAUUGAGAUUAAUUCAGGAAGUGAUUGCGCAAUGGACGGAAGUGCAAAAGCAAUGGAUGUAUUUGGAGCCGAUAUUUUCGUCGGAGGAUAUUAAUCGGCAGUUACCCGUAGAAACGAGAAAAUUCAAUACAAUGCAGCGUAUCUGGAAGCGAAUCAUGAAAAAUGCACAUGCUUACCCAUACAUAAUUACAACAUGCGCGGAUAAAAUUUUAUUGGAGAGCCUAAAGGAAUGCAUGCUGCUGCUAGGAGCAGUCGAGAAAGGUCUGUCAGAUUACCUGGAAACUAAGCGAAUGAUCUUCCCACGCUUCUACUUCUUAAGCGAUGACGAGCUGCUGGAGAUAAUUACCCAGACGAAGCGUAUCCAGGCGGUUCAGCCGCAUCUGAGGAAAUGUUUUGAAAAUAUGAAGGAAUUGAGAUUCGAACAUGAUCUCAGAAUAACGAGAAUGUAUUCCGCUGAGUACGAAGAGGUCACGCUACGACCAUCGAUUUAUCCCGAGGGAAAUGUCGAGAAUUGGUUGGGACUGGUCGAGGACGCGAUGCGCAAUACCCUGCGAGAAUUCAUCAGCGAGGCCCUCGAAAUUGUGGAAACGACAGAGCGAGAGCAAUGGUUAUAUAUGUGGCCAGGCCAGGUGGCUCUUUGCGGAAGUCAGACGUAUUGGACCGCCCAUGUAGAGAACGGUAUCAGGAAAAACGCAUUGUCUGAUUAUUAUAAUCAGAUGUUGUUGCACUUGGAGAUGUUACAAAAAUUAAUACGCAGCCCGCAAACCGAGAUUCAAAGAUUGAUGCUGGAGGCUAUAGUUAUAAUUGAGAUUCACGCCAAGGAAGUUUUGCAUAAACUAAUCCAAGAGAAGAUAAUCAAUGUCAACGAUUUUGAAUGGAUCUCUCAAUUAAGAUAUUACUGGAUUGAUAAAGAUUUGAAGAUUCGCGUAGUAAAUGCUGAGUUUUCGUAUGAAUACGAAUAUUUAGGUAACAACGGUAGGCUAGUAAUUACGCCGUUGACUGAUCGCUGCUAUCUUACACUUACCGGGGCGUUGCAUCUAAAAUUCGGUGGUGCACCUGCCGGUCCAGCGGGCACUGGUAAGACGGAGACUACUAAAGACCUCGCGAAAGCAUUCGCCAUUCAAUGCGUGGUUUUUAACUGCUCCGAUCAGCUGGACUUUCGAUCCAUGGGCAAGUUCUUCAAGGGUCUUGCCAGCACCGGUGCAUGGGUCUGUUUUGACGAAUUCAAUCGAAUCGAUAUCGAGGUUUUGUCCGUCGUAGCGCAACAAAUUAUGACUAUACAAAAGGCACAACAGAUGCGGGCGAGUGAAUUUGUUUUUGAAGGAUUCGAGAUCAUCUUAAAGCCAUCCUGCGCUGUAUUCAUCACUAUGAAUCCUGGCUAUGCAGGUCGGACGGAGUUACCUGACAAUUUGAAGGCACUUUUCCGCCCCGUGGCUAUGAUGGUGCCAAAUUAUAGUCUCAUUGCUGAAAUAUCUUUAUUCUCAUACGGCUUUGUGAAUGCAAAAAGCGUUGCCCAAAAAAUCACGACUACUUUUAAGCUGAGCUCGGAGCAACUAAGCACACAAGAUCAUUAUGACUUCGGCAUGCGUGCGGUAAAGACUGUUAUUGUAACUGCUGGCAAUUUGAAACGGGAGCAGAAAGACCUUGAAGAAGACCAAAUCUGUCUCCGGGCCUUGAGGGAUGUAAAUGUUCCUAAGUUUUUGAAGAACGACUUAAUGUUGUUUAAUGGUAUUGUGUCGGACCUCUUUCCCGGGCUGAUCGAGAAACCAGUAGAUUAUGGGAUCCUGGAAGCAGGCAUUCGCAAAUCUAUUGAACAAAUGGACUUAGAAGACGUUAAUGACUUCGUGAGAAAGGUGAUUCAGCUAUAUGAAACCACGCUGGUGCGCAGCGGAUUAAUGCUCGUGGGUCCAACUGGGUCCGGCAAGACUAAGUGUUACAAAGUCUUAAAACGCACGUGUACAAAUCUAAAAGGUCAAUCACAACCAAAUGGCAAGCCAUUCACAGCAGUUAUCUCGUAUGUAUUAAAUCCAAAGGCCAUAACAAUGGGUCAACUGUAUGGCGAAUACGAUCCCAACACACACGAAUGGACAGACGGAAUAUUGCCAACUUUAAUACGAACAGUUAUAACUGCAGCGGAUCAUGAUAAACAUUGGUAUAUUUUUGAUGGACCGGUCGAUGCAGCUUGGAUCGAGAAUAUGAAUAGCGUCCUAGACGAUAAUAAAAAGCUUUGUCUUACAUCAGGGGAGAUAAUAAAGCUAUUACCAACUCAAAUCAUGAUAUUCGAAGUAUCGGAUCUUCGAGUGGCAUCUCCGGCUACUGUAUCUAGAUGUGGUAUGGUAUACGUAGCAUCGGAAAAUUUGGGUCUGCAACCUUUAAUCAAUUGUUGGAUACGAUCGCUGUCAGACACGAUGAGCGAUUACGUCGAAGAAAUAACAAAUUUAACAGCUCAACUAGUGCUUCCCGGCCUGAAGUUUGUACGGGAAAAUAUACGAGAAAUCAUGCAUACGGUAGAUUCCGCCAUUAUUCAAUCUUACAUUAAUCUAAUGAACUUCAGAAUCGGACCGAUGGCCGGUCGCGAAGGAAAAGCGCCACCAGCGGAUUUGCUGUCGCCUUGGGUAGCUUUCGCUGUCGUUUGGGGAUUAGGUGCUACUUGCGACUACAAAAGUAGACCUAUAUUUAGUGACUGGCUGAGAGAAAUACAAAAGAAUGCUCAACAUAAAAUGCCAUUUCCAGAAGAAGGACUUGUAUUCGAUUAUAGAUUACACGAUGGUGGAUUCACCGAUCCUAUCGAAGGUCAAGAACCAAUCCCACCGAAGUGGUACAAGUGGAUGGACGGAAUUCCACUCAUCAGAAUAAUGCCAGAAACAAAAUACGCCGACAUCGAAGUUCCAACUAAGGACAACGUGCGAAAUGCCGCAUUAAUCGAAUAUCUUCUCAUUAAUGAAACAAAUAUCCUCUGCGCGGGUCCAACCGGAAGCGGCAAAACUUUGACGAUUUUGACAAAAUUAUCACGUAAUAUGCCGAAAAAAUAUAUUUGCGACUUCGUGAAUUUCUCGGCGCGAAUCACGGCGGGCCAGACGCAAGAUUUAAUUGACGCCAAAUUGGACAAGAGACGUAAAGGCAUUUACGGGCCGCCGAUUUUAAAAAGGCAAAUUUUUUUCAUCGAUGACUUGAACAUGCCAGCGCUGGAUGAAUACGGCGCCCAACCACCAAUUGAAUUAAUUCGUCAGUUUAUGAACUCAAAGGGAUGGUACGACAAAAAAGAUAUCGGAUCCUUCAGACUGAUGGAGGACGUAAAUUUUGUCGCAGCUAUGGGGCUUCCCGUGGGAGGUGGAAGAAACCCAAUAACUGCCAGACUUAUACGACAUUUCCAUAUUAUUGCGUUUCCAGAGAUCGACGAGGACGCCAAAUCGCACAUCUUUAAAACAAUUCUUAACUCGUGGCUGUCAAAUACACCGCAACUAGAAAACAUGCUGGAUGAUAUAGUGGACGCUACUUUAAAAGUUUUUGCAAUUACGUGCAGCCAAAUGUUACCAACUCCCAAUAAAUCUCAUUAUACUUUUAAUCUUCGCGAUUUGAGUAAGGUGUUCCAAGGUGUACUUAUGGCGGACGCAACGAAAAUGCUAACUCGCGAGAAAUUAUUAUUACUCUGGUAUCAUGAAAAUAUUAGAGUCUUCAGUGACCGAUUGAUUGACGACGAAGAUAGAAAAUGGUUCGAUCAAUUCUUGCGGGAUAUAUUAACCGAAAAGUUCCAUUGUGACGUUGAUAAUUUUAUUGGGAAGGAAAUGUUAUUUUAUGGUGACUUUCUUAGCACAGCAAGAGAAUAUGAACAGAUAACAGAUAUAGAAAAAAUGGAAAAAACUUUACUCGAUUUCUUGGAAGAUUAUAAUAGUACAAUGAUGUCGUCGAUGCAGUUAAUAUUAUUUGAAGAUGCAAUAAAUCAUAUUUGUAGAAUCUUGCGGAUUCUUCGACAAUCCAGAGGAAAUGCCUUAUUAUUAGGAAUGGGUGGUUCAGGACGUCAAAGUCUGACAAAACUUGCAACGCACAUCCAAGAAUACAGCUGUUUCCAGAUUGGAAUCAACAAAGCUUAUACGAUUCAUGAUUGGCGAGAAGAUAUCAAAAAUUUAAUGUUAAAGGUGGGAUUGCGGAAUCAACCUAUCGUCUUUCUCUUUUCUGAUACGCAGAUAAAGGAUGACUUUAUGUUGGAGGAUAUGAACAAUAUUUUGAAUAGUGGCGAUGUUCCGAAUAUAUAUCAACCUGAUGAAAUAGAUAAAAUUUAUCAAGCAAUGCGAGCACCAGUACAAGAGGCUGGGCUACAGAUCAAUAGGAGUAAUCUUUUUUCCACUUAUCUGAAGAGAAUCAGAAACAGCUUGCACAUUAUCAUUGCAAUGAGCCCGAUAAGAGAUAUAUUUCGCGCUCGCAUCAGACAAUUUCCGGCGCUAGUAAAUUGCUGUUCAAUUGAUUGGUUUUGCCCCUGGCCGGAUACUGCACUUCAGAGCGUAGCGAUGCAUCUUCUGUCGGAUAUCAAAGACAAAUCGAUCACGGAUAAAACUUUGCGAUCUAUCGUAAGGAUAUGUCAGUGCAUGCAUUCGAGCGUGAUCGAUGCCAGUGAUCGCUUCCUGAAAGAGCUGGAACGUCAUAAUUACGUCACUCCUACGUCGUAUUUGGAAUUGCUGUCCAUUUAUGGCGAUCUUCUAAAAAAGAAGAAAGACGAAUUAAAUUCUUCGUUGGCUCAUUUAUCCACCGGAUUGAACAAAUUGGCGGACACAGAAGCAGAGGUUAAAAAUAUGCAGGAGCUAUUAAAACGUAUGAAACCUGAGAUAGAAAAAGCAACAAAAACUACAGAGGAAAUGAUACAAGAAAUUACUCGAGACACGAUUGAUGCAGAAGAAGCCAAGGUGAUAGCGAUGCAACAAGAAGCGGUGACAGCACAAAUGAAGGAAGAAAAUCAAGUGAUCAGAGAUGAGGCGGAGUCCGAUUUAAAUGAAGUAAAACCGUUGCUUGAAGCUGCCGAGGCCAGCCUAAAAGCAUUAAAUAAAAAUGAUAUUACGGAAGUAAAAGCGAUGAAAAGACCGCCAGUAGGGGUGCUUUUAGUGAUCGAAGCAUUGUGCAUUGUGAACAACGUACAACCACAUAAGCUUCCUGGAAAAUUUCCCGGCGAAAAAAUAUUAGAUUACUGGACCCCUGGAAGUCAGCUGCUAGCAGACCCAAUUCAUUUUUUGUACACAAUGGAGCAUUUUAAGAAGGAAGAUAUCACGGAGGAAAUGAUACAUAAACUCAAGGAUUAUAUAGAAAAUCCAAACUUUGAACCAUCCAAGGUACUUCAAGUCUCGAAGGCUUGUCAUUCCUUGUGCUUGUGGAUCCACGCAAUGUACAACUACUAUUUUGUAAAUAAGAAAGUGGCGCCCAAAAUGGCUGCUUUGGCAAAAGCCGAGGACAUCUUGGCUAAAACCGAAAUAGCCCUUGCAGAAGCUAUGGGGAAACUGCGGGAGAUAGAGGAAGGUAUCGAGAAGUUGCGAAUUCAAUUGAAUGAGAAAGAAGCGAAAAGGGUCGACUUAGAGAACCAAAAACAGCUAUGUGAGGAACGAAUGGGGAAUGCCGUAAGACUGAUUGUGGGUCUGUCAGACGAACAGAAGCGAUGGAUCAUCAUGGUAGGCGACAUAAAAGUGUCCUUAACGAAUGCUGUUGGUGACAUACUUCUGUCGGCAGGCGCGAUAGCGUAUUUGACGCCCUUUACGGACACCUACCGCCAGGAACUCCUAGCAAUCUGGUACAACGCUCUCGGCGACGACGUGCCUCAUACUCCGGGCUGUAAGCCGGUAUUGACACUUGGCAAUCAGGUGGAGAUAAGAAAUUGGCACAUUAAUGGCUUGCCGAGGGAUGCCCUAUCCGUGGAAAAUGCGGUUCUCGUAAUGAAUUCAAAGCGAUGGCCUCUUUUCAUUGACCCUCAAUCGCAGGCGAAUAAAUGGAUACGCAAUAUGUACAAGCAAAUCGGACUUGUAAUAGUAAAAAUAACAGAUAAGAAUCUUUUACGCGUCAUUGAAAAUGCUAUACGUAUCGGAAAACCCUGUUUAAUCGAAAACGUCGGUACCGAAUUGGAGGCUGGCCUAGAUCCGAUUCUUCUGCGUUCGUUAUUCAUGCAUGCCGGACAAUUAAGUAUCAAAAUUGGCGAAAGUAUUGUACCUUAUAACUUCGAUUUUCGUCUUUAUCUAACUACGAGAUUAUCAAAUCCACAUUACACUCCGGAUAUAGCGAUAAAAGUGCUGAUAGUCAACUUUGCACUCACUGUAAGUGCUCUUGUGGAUCAGAUGCUCUCUCUAGUCACGAUACAAGAACGUCCUGAUCUCGAACAGGAAAGGAACGCGCUUAUUGUGUCAAGUGCUAAAAUGAAACACGAUCUGGCUGCGAUCGAAGAUAAAAUUCUUUACAGACUCACGAUAUCCGAAAAAUCGGUAGUUGACGACAUUGACCUAAUUCUUAGCUUGGAGGCUUCGAAAAUCAAGAGUGAGGAAAUCAAGAUAAAAAUGAAAACUGCCGAACUUACGCAAAUAAAUAUCGAUUUAACAAGAUCAUUAUAUAUGCCAGUAGCAAAUCGGGCACAGAUACUAUUUUUUUGUAUCGUUGAUCUUCAAUGUAUCAACAUCAUGUAUCAAUAUUCUCUGGAAUGGUUUAUCGUAAUAUUCAACAACAGCAUAGUAAAUACCAAAAAAGAUAACGAUAUCAAUAAACGAAUCGCAAACAUCACUGAGUGUUUCACGUCUGCGCUCUUCUCGAAUGUAUGUCGCAGUUUAUUCGAAAGACACAAAAUGCAUUUCGCUUUUCUCGUUUGCGCACGUAUUCUCUUGGACGACAAAAGAAUCGAUUCGAAAGUUUGGCGACAUUUUCUUACUACAGUCACGCCAACACGGGAAUUGCCAAAUCCCGCUCCAGAAUGGAUUACCUCAAGAUGUUGGAAAGAGAUUCAAGCUCUAGAAAAACUUUCAAAGUUUGACAAAUUCGUCACACCUUUCCAAUUUUCUUUAAUCCAAUUUAAACGCAUAUUUGAUACUCAAGAAGCACAUUUAGCACCAUUUCCCGAACCAUGGGAGACAAAACUCGACGAUUUUGAAAAGUUGCUGAUACUCAAGUGUCUAAGACCCGAUAAGCUUAUCAACGCAAUACAAAUCUUUCUGACGAAGACGAUUGGUCGACAAUUUGUCGAACCGCAAGUAACGGAAUUGUCGACGAUUUAUGAGGAAUCAUUACACAGCACCCCAAUUGUCUUUAUCUUAUCGCCCGGUACGGAUCCGGCCACGGAGUUAUAUAAAUUUGCCGACAAGCUAGAGAUGAGCGAAAAAUUGUAUUCGAUAUCUCUUGGCCAGGGUCAAGGACCCAUGGCACAGGCCUUGUUAAAACAAUCAAUGGAGAUGGGCACUUGGGCUUUUUUUCAAAAUUGUCACUUGGCACCAAGUUGGAUGCCGCAACUCGAAUCUCUCGCUGAAACAUUAUCACAGGAAAAUGUUCACCGAGAUUUUCGAUUGUGGUUGACAUCCGCACCCUCUCCCGAUUUUCCCGUCAAUAUUCUUCAAAACAGCAGUAAAAUGACGAUAGAACCACCGCGAGGUAUAAAGGCUAAUAUGCUUCGCGCGUAUCUGACACAAGUGACAGAACUGCAAGAAUUUCUGGAAUCUGAUUAUCCAAAAACUCCUCUAUUUAAGUGGCUUAUAUUCUCACUUUGUAUGUUCCACUCCGUAUUACUCGAAAGACGAAAAUUCGGCCCACUUGGCUUCAAUAUACCUUAUGAAUUUACAAACGGAGAUUUAGCUAUAUGCUUGUCGCAACUACACAUGUUUCUUAUGGAAUAUGAUACUUUGCCAUUUAAGGUUCUCAUAUAUACUGCUGGACAUAUUAAUUACGGUGGACGAAUAACAGACGAUUGGGAUCGCCGAUGUGUUCUGACACUUCUCGAAGAUUAUUAUAAUGCCGAUGUUGUCUCCCCAGAUUAUCAAUUUGACGAAGAAAACAUAUAUCAUCAGCUACCAGCUGCAGCGUCAUUCAACGAUUAUCUAGAGUAUAUAAAGGGUCUUCCUUUAAACGACGACCCGUCACUGUUUGGCAUGCAUUCAAACGCCGAUAUAACAUGUGCUCAAACAGAAGCGUAUACUUGCCUCGCAACUUUAUUAGUCACGCAACCCAAAGAAAUCGGUAUUGCAGCUGCGAGUAUUGAGGAAGAAACGAUACAAAUAACUAACAGCAUGUUGGCCACAAUGCCAAAACUAUUUGAUUUAAUCGCAAUGGAAGCGAGAUAUCCUAUAUUGUACAAAGAAUCUUUUAAUACUGUAUUAUUACAAGAAGCCAAACGGUACAACGACUUACUUGAAAUCAUGCAAACAACGUUGCAAAAUCUUUUGAAAGCUUUGAAAGGUUUAAUCGUUAUGUCGGAGCAGCUCGAAAUGAUAGCUACCAGUCUUCUUAACAAUAAAAUACCCGCGUAUUGGCAAAGCAGGAGUUACCCUUCUGUAAAACCUUUAGCCGCAUGGUUCCUUGAUUUAAAGGAGAGGAUAAAAUUUAUAAGCGAUUGGCGAGAUCACGAUAUACCUUCUGCAUUUUGGAUAUCAGGUUUCUACUUUCCUCAAGCUUUCCUAACUGGCACCUUACAAAACUUUGCACGCAAACACAGAGUAUCCAUUGACACAAUCGAUUUUAGCUACGAGGUUUUAACUUCCAAACCAAUGCAAAGACCAUCGGACGGUUGUGUUAUUUAUGGUCUUUUCCUCGAAGGUUGUCGAUGGAAUGGAAAUUAUCUCGCAGAAUCUUUACCAAAGGAAUUAUUCACUGACAUGCCGCCAAUUCUUCUGUUACCAGAAAUUAAUCAUGUAAUUCCAUCACAUGGAAUUUAUAUCUGUCCUAUAUAUAAAACUAUCGAGCGCUCUGGAACUUUAACAACAACGGGACAUUCCACAAAUUUCAUUCUAGCGAUGGAAAUUCCUGCUGACAAACCGCAAUCGCACUGGAUAAAAAGGGGUGUGGCAUUGAUAUGUGCCUUAGACUAUUAGCAUUUCUUGCGUCCACUGUAUGCCGUACAAUUUAUGAUUUGUGUGA